UACAAUGCGUGAAUGCAUAGACUAUUUGUUGUGGCUGUGAGUGAAUCCAGUGAAUGACAGACUGUUGGACUGAAUGAGUGAUUGUAUUGUGUUUUGAGUGCAUAUCAUAUGCCAUAUCAAUGUCUCUCUCAUUGUAUUGUUUAAUGGUUUGGAUUACUGUCUAAAAGUGAUUCAAUUGAACGCCUCCAAAGUGUUCACAUCUCAAGACACUAUACUUUAGCACUAAUCCAAUGAAUGAGUCACUCAUUUGAUGCAAAUAAUGGCCACAAAUAGUGUCAAUGAAAAGCAUUUGAUUGCAAACCGUUUGUUAGAGUCUGUGAAACAAUGUCAGAUCAGAUUCGGUGGGCGUUCAGAGUUGGCCACAGAUAUGGACCAAAGAGUGGUUAAGUUGUGUCAAUCACUGGAAGAAGCGUUAAGUCACGGUCUCCGCAAGAAUCGCAAUCUUAUUCAUUACAAUCGCAAAAAACUGGUGAACGGCUUAACCCGGAGCUCGAGUGCCAAUCAAGGGUUCAACGAAUCGCACGAAACAAGUGUCUGUUUUUGGCAUUUCGUGAGUCUUCAUCUGACACGACAUGAAUUUGAUCGCUAUUUGCUUCUGAGGAAUAUUAGGACAGACACGGGUCGGGGAAAGGCAUGGCUGAGGAGUGCACUGAAUGAGCACUCGUUGGAGAGAUAUAUGUUGAGUCUUCUGUCGGAUUCACUCACUCUUCGCAAUGACUUCUAUGAAGAGAACGCAUUCAUGAGAGACGAAGAGAUUAACUCUGUUUUGCCGACUCUUUCUCGUGGACUCAACUCUAUAUUGUUUGCUAUUAAUAUAGAUAACUCUGAACUCGACAGCAAAACACUUGACGCCAACAAUAGAUCAGAUCCUCUGCCAGUCGUUUGUAAGACGGAGUCGACGACUGGAGUGCGGAAACGGCGGACGCGAGUGAAUGUGAUAUCUCUGAGCGAUGACGAGAGCACCGAUCAGACGAGUGCCGCCCGAAGUGCUCCGACGACUACUCUCUCUUCACCCGACUCUGUAUUUCGAGACAAACAGUUGUCGACCACUUAUGACACUAACAACAGCUCUAUGAUUACAAACCAAUCACUUGACCGGACAGUUGUGUUGACACCGUUUGACUCUGAAAAUGUGGAUAAUUUAGAACUGAUUGUCGACAACAGUGGCUGUGAUUUCGAUAAACUAAGUGUUAGUGAUAAUCAAGAUUUGCAAAAAUUAGAGUCAAGUCAUGAGACAUCGAGUAAUGCGGAGUCCAUUGCAGACAAAACAGAGUUAGAGAGAAGUCGAGCAGAGAUUCAGUACUUAAAAGACAAAUAUGAGGACAAACUCACAAAACUGUUGUCACAAAACGAUAGCUUACAUAAAGACAACGAAUUGCUUCAAAUCCAACUCAACAAAUAUAUAGCAGCCGUUCAACUGCUCAAGUAUUCAGCCAAAGAGGACACCCACUCAGUGGCCAACCCUUCCCAACAGUCUUUCGAGUCGACCAAAGCAUUCGAAGCCCAGAAUGAGAGCUACUUUUCAGAGAUCAACGAAUACGAGAAGAAAUUGGUGGAAGUGGCGGAAAUGCACGCAGAACUGGUUGAGUUCAACCAACACCUCCAUCGGGUGAUCGCCCAGAAGGACAACCUCAUCACUCGACUCAAGCAUGAGUUGGUCCACUUGAGAGGACCCUUGCCGGAUGUGACCGAAGCCACCGAAGACCUGAUGAGUGUUUCAUCAGAUUUUGAGAUGGAUUUCUCAUUACAAUCGUCGAUAAAUCAAGCGUUGAUUCACAUAUGGAUACCGACUGUGUUUCUGGCGGGCGGGCAGAGGAGUAAAUCGCAUCAUAUCUACCAGAUAUACGUACGGAUCAAAGAGGAGGAGUGGAAUGUCUACAGACGUUACUCACAGUUCUAUAGUCUCCACAAAUCUCUUCGUAAAAAAUUUCAAGUUUUAAAUACAUUUGAUUUCCCGCCGAAGAAAACCAUUGGAAAUAAAGACUCAAAAGUAGUUCAGGAAAGACGCAAACGACUUGAGAAUUAUCUGCGAAAUCUUAUUAAUGUCCUCCAAUCCCAACACAACGAUAUAUCCGAUAAACAACAUCUCAUUGCUGUCAUCCCAUUCCUCAGCGAACGUUUCGUCCAAAGCGAAGGGCGCUCUCGUUCUGACACUCACUUGGAUUCCGGCAGCACUUGUACUGAAGAGCACCCACAGGAACGACACUACAUAGGGUUAUGAGAAUUAUUGCCAAACUUUUAAAACC